AUGUCUACAGUGUGCGAAAAGAAAUCUCAUACUAGCUUAGAUUAUCAGCAACAGUUAGCUACCAAACACAGCCCUAGCAACCCGAUGGUUCUCGUGCGUUUAAGUGCUUUCAGACCACAGGUGGCGCUUAGCAAGACAACGCUUUGCGGUCGCCGAAAUGCCAACUGGUUCAUGAAAAUGCUCCUGUUGGACCCAGACCCCAAUACCGAAACAGAAAGACCGCUCUAUAACUGGGACGAUUCUCCCCAUCAAAGUAUUAGAACCCGUGCUGCCUACAUUCGGGCAAAGGCCAAGUGUCCUGUCACGGGAAAGCCUGUCCAGUUUGUUUGUCCGUACUCGGGAAUCCCAACCCAUCAUGACGAGGAGGCUUGGAAGAACGACAAAAAUUACCAGGAUAACAAGGUGUACGAGAAGUUGAGAAUGGUGAAUUUGUACGAGCACGAUUUGAAGUCGGGCAGAAAGUUCCACGAGUUCGAAUUCCCGGGCCCUAUUCCUUUGGAGACAAACCCAUCUUUGAGUUCUUGGGAUCAAUUUUUUUACACCAGAGAUUUCCCACCAAUGAACACAGAGUUCAACAUGGCUGUUGCUACCAAAGUGCUUACCUACCCAAUCACUAUUGCCUCGUUGUUGCACAAGUUCUCCCCAUAUGAAGUGGCACCAAAAGGAAGCCUUACCAUGGAGGGUUUGAGAUCGCUUUCUGCCUUGAGAUACUCAUUGUACUCUCAUACCAAAGCAAGUGAGCUGGGAGUUGUCUUCAGAGACAGACCAAUGCGUAUCUUCCUUGUGGGAGCUCGUAUGGAGGCCAUGAUUCCCGGAUUCUGCUGGCAGCAAUUGACAUACCUUUUCCCUGGACAGAAAUUCGAGUUCCAUUUCAUUGGUCCUCUGGCCCACUUUGACCACAAAACCAAACAAUUCACCCCUGUAGAUAGACCUCAUGGCCGUGCUCUCCAGCAGAGAUACGACGAUCAAAUCACUUUGCACUAUCACACCAAGUACUUCAACGAACUCUUUGAGACUGGAGACUUGUUUCCAUUUGACCCCUACUUGGACUGUUUCUUCCUUUUCCACCCUGGCUUCCAGACUGCUGACAAGAUCCACUGGGAAAAGUCCCUUCCUGGCCUUCUUGAGUCGAAAUGCCCUGUAUUUGUUACCGGUUACCACGAGUUGGACAUUCAAAGAGAGUAUUCUUGGAUUCGCAUGAACAAACUAUGGGAGGAGACUGACAUUCUUAUGGAACCUACUACCAACAUCUUUGGCUCCACCAAGUUGGACUUGAUUGACUACAACCCAACCGAGGCUUACUCGGCCAACAGCCACAUUUUUGCUUUCAGAGGUAAGAGAUACCAUGCUGUUAAAACUUAA